CAUUGAAUUGGAAGUUCUACUCGUAGAACUGUUGGAGUGGAAGUAGGUAAUGAUGGGAAACCCGGGGGAUUAAAUCUUAUCUGAUCAGAUUUGAGACCGAUAAGUCCGACGUAACGCGGCUUUAGCGGCGCGGCACGGGAAAUGCGCGGACCUCGUAAUGAUCGGCGCGUCAACCACAGAUUCCCAAAUUCAGAACCUCAGUAGCAGCCAUUGAAAUAUCCUAGGCCAUGGUAUUGUCAUAGCGCGAUCAAAAGGCUAUGCCGCGUCUCUCCAAUGAGCUCCUACGACAUGCGUUUACGAUCAAUCCGCUGCUACCUCCUCUGCUGAGGACAUGUCGGACGCUGCCAUCUGCGCACAACGAGCUACGGUGGCUACGGCAACAUGUCGAUGCGAGACUCGAAGCAAAGUUCGGCAGGAUGAAAGACGUCCCUGCGCCAUUGCGGCGGAGAUGCGUCGUGAACCUGGUUAAGAAACGGGCGCGAGGAGUACCACUGCAGUACAUACUGGGCUCGCAGCCAUUCGGGGACCUUGACAUCUUAUGUAGAAAGGGCGUCCUGAUCCCACGACAAGCAACAGAAGAAUACACCUACCGUCUCUCCUCGAUUCUACUCUCCACACCCUCCCUCCGCACCGACCCAAAACAAAUCCGCAUCCUCGACCUCUGCACCGGCACAGGCUGCAUCCCUCUCCUCCUCCUCUCUCUUCUCUCGCCCACUCUCAAAACAACAGUAACAGGAAUUGAUAUAUCCCCUACGGCACUCGCCCUGGCCCGCCUCAACACGACGCACAACUCGCCUCCUCUCUCCAGCGCGCACGCGCGCUUCGCUUCCGGCGAUGUCCUGGCUUCGGGCGCCGCGUUAUUGGAUGAGGCGCACCGCGCGCGUCAGGAUGAGGGGUGGUAUGGUGACGAGAGGUUCGAUGUCGUGACUGCCAAUCCGCCGUAUAUCUCGCGUCUGGGGUUUAAUCGGGAUACAGAGCGGUCUGUGCGGAAUUUCGAGCCGCGGCUUGCUCUCGUGCCGGAAGAGGAUAGAAUUGGUGGAGUAGACAAAGGGAGGCUAGAGGAUAUAUUUUAUGGGAGGAUUGUGGAGAAGGCGGAGGGGGUGGGAGCGAAGAUUUUGGUUAUGGAGGUUGCAGGAACGGAGCAAGCAGGUAGGGUGGCAAGGAUAGUCAAGGUACUCCUGGUUCUGUACGAUGGAGGCAAGCAUGCCGAAGAAUUCCCUGAACUCUUAGGCACCACUGAGAACGAGCUUGGAAUCCGCAAAUGGCUCGAGGAUGCUGGCCACACUCUCGUCACUACCUCCGACAAGGACGACCCCAACUCCAAGUUCGACCAGGAACUUGUUGACGCUGAAGUCAUCAUCACCACACCUUUCCACCCAGGCUACCUCACCAAGGAGCGUCUCCAGAAGGCGAAGAAGCUCAAGCUCGCCAUCACUGCUGGUAUUGGCUCUGACCACGUCGACCUCAAUGCCGCCAACGAAACCAACGGCGGUAUCACCGUCGCCGAGGUGACUGGCUCCAAUGUUGUGUCCGUUGCUGAGCACGUAAUCAUGACCAUCCUCGUUCUCGUGCGCAACUUUGUUCCCGCCCAUGAGCAGGUCGCAGCUGGUGACUGGGAUGUCGCUGCCGUCGCAAAGAACGAGUACGAUCUCGAGAACAAAGUCGUCGGCACAGUUGCUGUCGGCCGUAUCGGUACGCGCGUCCUGAAGCGCCUCAAGGCCUUCGACUGCAAGGAACUUCUAUACUUCGACUACCAGCCUCUAUCUCCUGAACUGGAGAAAGAGAUCGGAUGUCGCCGCGUGGAGAAUCUCGAGGAGAUGCUUGCCCAAUGCGACGUCGUGACCAUCAACUGCCCACUGCACGAGAAGACUCGUGGGCUCUUCAACAAAGAGCUCAUCUCCAAGAUGAAGCCUGGGGCAUGGCUCGUGAACACUGCUCGCGGUGCUAUCGUCGUCAAGGAGGACGUGGCCGCGGCUCUCAAGUCCGGACACCUACGUGGCUAUGGUGGUGAUGUGUGGUUCCCACAGCCAGCGCCAAAGGACCACCCCUUGCGCUACGCACAGAACCCAUGGGGCGGCGGUAAUGCGAUGGUACCACACAUGAGCGGCACCAGCAUCGACGCGCAGAAGCGGUAUGCGGAUGGCACGAAGGCUAUCUUGGAUAGCUACCUCAGUGGUCGCGAGGAUUACAGGCCGGAAGAUCUCAUUGUGCACAAGGGCGAUUAUGCGACGAAGGCCUAUGGUGACCGUGCCAAAAAAUAG